AUGGGGACGGCGUCGUCUCUGGUGAGCCCGGCGGGAGGGGUCGGGGAGGUGAUCGAGGACACCUACGGCGGUGGCGGGGGCGAGGCCUGCGAGAUCCCCGUGGAGGUGAAGCCCAAGGCCCGGCUGCUGCGCGGGUCGCUGCGGCGCGUGGGGGCCUCACGGCCCGGCGGCCUCAUCGGGGCCAGCUUCAAGUCGACGGCCUCGGUGCAGGAGCUGGAGUGCGUGGCCGAGUAUGAGCGCCUGAAGAAGGAGUACGAGAUCUUCCGCGUCAGCAAGAACAACGAGGUGGCCUCCAUGGUGAAGAAGGAGGCCAAGCUGGACAGGGAGAACAAGCGGCUGCGUGCAGAGCUGCAGGCACUUCAGAAAACUUACCAGAAAAUACUUCGAGAGAAGGAAAGUGCAUUAGAAGCUAAAUACCAAGCCAUGGAGAGAGCUGCUACCUUUGAACAUGACCGAGACAAGGUCAAAAGACAAUUCAAGAUUUUUAGAGAAACUAAAGAAAACGAGAUUCAGGACUUACUGAGGGCCAAACGAGAACUAGAAGCAAAACUUCAGAGACUCCAGGCCCAAGGAAUCCAAGUGUUUGAUCCUGAAGAGUCUGAUUCUGAUGACAAUUGUACAGAUGUUACGGCUGCUGGGGCACAGUCUGAAUACUGGAAUGGAGGAGCUUUGGGAAGUGAGCCAUCCAUGGGGAGCAUGAUGCAGCUUCAGCAGUCUUUCAGAGGGCCUGAAUUUGCUCAUAGCUCCAUAGAUGUUGAGGGGCCAUUUGCAAAUAUAAACAGGGAUGACUGGGAUGCUGCUGUUGCCAGUUUAUUACAGGUCACUCCUCUGUUUUCUCACUCAUUGUGGAGUAACACAGUAAGAUGUUUUAUUAUUAGUACUGAUGAGACUCAACCAGAAGUGGACAUCUUCACUAGAAACUACUCGCCCAAACUCCUCAGGGUCUGUGAAGCAAUGGGCUACUUCUUUCAAGUUGUUCAUUUUCCAUCAGAGAGUGACAGGCCCCUUAAAGAUGUACGAAAAUGGGAAAUUGAAAAAAGUUCAUUGGUCCUUUUGCUCCUGCAUUUAACCUUGCCAAGUUGUUUGCUGGAGGACUGUGAAGAAGCCUUCUUGAGAAAUCCAGAAGAAAAACCCCGGCUGGUUUACCACAGAAAGGAGGAUGGCAGAGUCAGUUCAGUCACAGUGCAGCAGUUAAUUGAGCAGAUUUCUUAUGUGAACAAAACAAAGAUGAUUGAUCAUGUUGGAGGUGUGGAGGAAGGAGCAUAUGAAAUCUAUAAUUGUGUGGAAAAGAUAAUUAAACAGGAUAUAUUGGGGUGUGAAGUGGCAGAAUUAGAAAGCAAGGAUUCGGGUAAUAAGGAAGAGUCCACUGUUCCUGAAGAAGAAGUUUUUGGUGAUGCGCUGUGGGAUGCACAUGAUGAACAAGAACAGAUGGAAGCUUUCCAGCAAGCCUCAAGCUCAACAUGUGAGCUGGGAUUUGAGAAAUAUUUUGAACGUCUGAAUGACCUGGUAGCAGCACCAGCACCAAUUCCACCUCUGCUUGUGUCAGGAGGACCAGGCUCUGGGAAAUCUCUCCUUCUCUCAAAAUGGAUUCAGCUGCAGCAGAAGCAUUCACCAAGCACUCUAAUUCUCUAUCACUUUGUUGGGAGGCCCAGGUCUACUAGUUCUGAGUCUGCACUGAUCAUAAAACGCCUCACUUUGAAGCUCAUGCAGCACUCUUGGUUAGUGUCGCCUCUGACUUUGGAUCCAGCUAAACUGCUGGAAGAGUUUCCACGCUGGCUGGAAAAGCUUUCUGCACGCCAUCAGGGCAGCAUUAUCAUCAUCAUUGACUCUAUUGACCAAAUCCAGCAAGCUGAGAAGCACAUGAAGUGGUUGAUAGAUCCACUGCCAGUGAACGUGAGAGUGAUUGUGUCAGUGAAUGUGGAAACGUGUCCACAGGCUUGGAGGUUGUGGCCCACUCUUCAUCUUGAUCCACUGAAUGCCAAAGAUGUCAAAUCUCUCAUUAGUGCAGAAUGUAACUCUGCAAAUGUUAAGCUGAGUAAAGAGCAGGAGAAGAAGCUGGAAAGACAUUGUCGUUCUGCCACAACUUGCAAUGCUUUGUAUGUCACUCUUCUGGGCAAAACCAUUGCUUGUGCUGGAAAUACAGGAAAUAUUGAUGAAACCCUUCAACAGUGUUUGCAGUGCCAAGACACGGUGUCACUGUACAGGCUUGUUCUGAGAUCGAUUCGAGAAUCGUUGCAGAGUGAUAAAGAGAAAGGGCUUUUGAGAGAGAUACUGUGUGUCAUUGGUGUUAGCCACAAUGGGGUGAGUGAGGCAGAGCUGAUGGAACUUUAUCCUGAACUGUCUUCUGCAGUGUUAGCCUCCUUCAUUCACAGCCUGCACAGGGUGUGUUUGCUGACAUAUGGCUGUGGUUUGCUGAAGUUCCAACACCUCCAGGCAUGGGAGAUGGUGAGGCUAGAGUACAUGGAGGAAGGUGAAAGUGUUAUUUCUGCCUAUAGACAAAAACUAGUGGAGUAUUUCACCGUGCAGCUAAGUCGAGACCGAGUGACUUGGAGAAGUGCAGAUGAACUUCCCUGGCUCUUUCAGCAGCAGGGUGAUAAGCAAAAGCUACACAAGUGUCUUCUGAAUCUGUUUGUGUCCCAAAACCUGUACAAAAGGGGACAUUUUGCAGAAUUGCUGAGUUACUGGCAGCUGGUUGGGAAAGAUAAGAGCUCUAUGGCAGCUGAGUAUUUUGACUCUCUGAAAGCAUAUGAAAAGAGCUGUGAGGGCGAGGAGAGUAUGAUCUGCCUGGCUGAUCUUUAUGAGACUCUGGGACGGUUCCUUAAGGAUCUAGGUCUUCUUAGUCAGGCCGUGGCUCCUCUGCAGCGCUCUCUGGAGAUUCGAGAGACUGCUCUGGAUCCAGACCACCCGAGGGUGGCGCAGUCCCUCCACCAGCUGGCUGGGGUCUAUGUGCAGUGGAAGAAGUUUGGCAAUGCUGAGCAGCUGUACAAACAGGCACUGGAGAUCUCUGAGAAUGCCUAUGGGGCUGAGCACCCACGGGUGGCCCGCGAGCUGGAUGCACUUGCCACCUUGUACCAAAAGCAGAACAAAUAUGAACAAGCUGAGCAUCUGAGGAAAAAGUCCUUCAAAAUACGCCAAAAAGCAGCAAGGAGGAAAGGCAGCCUGUGCGGCUUCGCUCUCCUGCGUCAGAGAGCCCUGCAGUUGGAAGAGCUCACUCUGGGCAAGGAUACACCAGAUAAUGCUCGAACUCUCAAUGAGCUUGGAGUCCUCUACUACCUGCAGAAUAAUCUUGAGACAGCAGAGUUGUUCUUGAAGCGCUCCCUGGAAAUGAGAGAGAGAGUCCUGGGGCCCGAGCACCCAGACUGUGCCCAGUCCUUGAACAACCUAGCAGCCCUGUACAACGAGAAGAAGCAUUAUGACAAGGCAGAGGAGCUCUAUGAAAGAGCUUUAGACAUCAGGAGGAGAGCGCUGGCUCCAGAUCACCCUUCCUUGGCUUACACUGUGAAGCACUUGGCAGUGCUCUACAAGAAGAUGGGCAAGCUUGAGAAGGCCGUUCCUCUGUAUGAGCUGGCAGUGGAAAUUCGGCAGAAGUCCUUUGGCCCGAAGCACCCCAGUGUAGCAACUGCUCUUGUAAAUCUGGCUGUUCUCUACUGCCAGAUGAAAAAGCAGAUUGAAGCUUUGCCUCUAUAUGAGCGUGCAUUAAAGAUUUAUGAGGACAGCUUUGGUCACAUGCAUCCUCGUGUGGGGGAAACUCUGAAGAACUUGGCAGUGCUAAGCUAUGAAGGGGGAGACUUUGCAAAGGCAGCUGAGCUGUACAAGAGGGCUAUGGAAAUAAAAGAGGCAGAGACUCUGCUGAUAGGUGGGAAAGCAGCUUCUCGGAACUCCUCGAGUGGAGAUGCCUUCAGCUUGAAGAGCACACUGUCACCAAACAUCUUCCUGGAACAUGGGCAGAGGUGACCACCACUGUGAGGCAUUGUGAAGCAGGUGUAAGCUUGUUAAGACAAAUGGUCUCUCCCAGGCUAACAAACUGUUCUGUGGCUGAUAGCUGUCUUCAGUAAUGACAGAAAACAACUGCUUAAGCUGGAAAUCCUUCCAGGGCACCUUUUCCUUAUGGAGCAAGCUGCUGUCAGUGUGCACAGAUACACAGGGCAGGUACUAGCUCAAGUUACAGCUGGUACCAAGCCUUGCAUUUGAGACCUCCCUGCCCAAGUGCCAGCAUUACAAGUUCAGUUGAGCCAGCUGUGUAUACUCCACAGGGCAGUUCUUUCUUCUGUGUUGUAAUAGCCUGGCUUAGAUGAUUUGUGUGGCUUUGUUCCACCAACCCUUUUUGCCUUUUCAGAAGCUUUUGAAAGUUGUUUCUAAAGAAACUGUGAUUUUAGAAAAGUCAAAGUAGUGUCCCUCUCAGAAGUUCUACCUGCAGGGUGAUUUCAGCUGCAGGAAAACUUCCAUUCAAGCAACUCGUGCAAAAGCGAUUCGUCUCCUUGGGAAGCUGAUACAUCCAAAAAGAUCAUCGUGGACAGGUAAAACUGUUGUCA